AUGAGGAUAUUUUUUUAUAAUAAUUUUCAAUUCGAUUCGUCCGACGCAUGUCGGACGCGUGCACAAAGGCGAAGAGCGGCUGAAGAGGAAGGCCAGAAGAGACCGGAGAGAGAAGCUAAGCGGAGGAGAACACUUUCUACCUUCGCGAGCGAGAGGGUGAGAGAACUGAUGUCUUCGUUGGCGCUUUGCCCCUCCAUGCCUGUUUCUGCGUUCAGGAAACCGAUUGGGUCGGCUUGGUGGCGUUCUUCAACUAAUUGUCCAUCAAGAAUCAGAGUCUCCGGUCGCUAUGCGGCGCCAAAUAUUAGCCAAGAUUCCUCUUCGGCUCCUAUCGAUGUUGUAGCUGAUGUUAAAACCGAGAGGAUUGUUGUACUUGGAGGCACUGGAUUUGUUGGUACUGCAAUUUGCAAGGCUGCAGUAUCCAAGGGCAUUGAAGUGGUUAGUGUAAGCAGGUCAGGGAGGCCUUCUUCUUCUGAUCCAUGGAUUGAUCAAGUCACAUGGACAGCAGGAGAUGUCUUCUAUGUACGUUGGGAUGAAGUUUUGGCUGGAGCAACUGCAGUUGUAUCAACUCUUGGAGGAUUUGGAAAUGAGGAGCAAAUGAAGAGGAUUAACGGGGAGGCCAACAUCUUGGCUGUAGGUGCUGCCAAGGAUUAUGGUGUCCCAAAGUUUGUGCUGAUCUCUGUUCAUGACUACAAUCUUCCUUCCUUUCUACUCUCCUCUGGCUACUUCACUGGAAAGAGAAAAGCUGAAUCAGAGGUUCUAUCGAAGUACCCAACUUCAGGUGUUGUACUAAGACCCGCAUUCAUAUAUGGGAAACGUAAAGUAAAUGGCUUUGAGAUUCCUCUUGAUCUGAUAGGGGAACCAUUGGAAAGGCUACUGCUGGCCUCCGAGGGAUUUAUCAAGCCCCUGUACUCUCUUCCUGGUUCUGAUCUCUUGGCACCUCCUGUGAGUGUUGAUGAUGUUGCUUUUGCCGCAGUAAAUGCAGUUAUCGACGACGACUUCUUUGGCGUUUUCACAAUAGAGCAGAUCAGGGAAGCUGCAGCAAAGGUCAUUCGCCUCAAAUAUAGAGUAGCAGUUAUACCUUGGAAGGGUUCCAGCCGCUCCUGGUCUUGCCUACAAGGUGUUCGAUCUAAUGCCCCAUCCCAAUUAGAAGGGUAUAUGGAGGGUGCUAAUUAAGAACUUCAUUCUCCGUUGGGCUAGCAUCAUCCUUCAGAGUUCAGAGGUUCAUAAUCUUAGUAAGUCAAAAACUGAGCUCUAGUGGAUUAAUUAUUCUAUGUGGAUGGCAAAUAAUGUUCGGAGAUUAACCAGAAUUAUAUGUGAAAUUGAGGAUAAAGCCUUAGUUAUCA